AUGGGGGGGGGGGGGGGGGGGGGGGGGGGGGGGGGGGGGGGGGGGGGGGGGGGGGGGGGGGGGGGGGGGGGGGGGGGGGGGGGUGUGGGAACGGACCCCACCCAGCCGGCCAACCCAAGCCAACCACGCAACGGGGGGGCAGGCCCAACGCGAACGACCCAACCAAGCCCAAGGGGGUGGGAGGGGGGGGGGGGGGGGGGGGGGGGGGGGGGGGGGAACGAGGGGGGGGGGGGGGGGGGGGGGGGACGAAGACACGGCGGAGCGGGGGGGCGGGGGGGAGAAGACACUGGGAUAACUAGGGGGCGGAUAAGAACGGGCACCCGGACCCGCGGGGGGAGACGCCGGGGGGGGGGGGGGGAGGGCAGCAAGGGGCCCGAGUCGGCCGGGGGGGGCCCGAGGGGGGGGGGGGGGGGGGGGGGGGGGGGGGGGGGGGGGGGGGGGGGGGGGGGGGGGGGGGGGGGGGCACCAACGAAAAGGGGGGGGGGGGGGGGGGGGGGAAACAUGGAACAGGCCACGCCCAUAUCGGCCCGGACUCUGAAUGGCCCGGGCCGACGGAGGGACCGAGCGAAGCCUAUAAGGGGGGGGCGGAGUAGGGGGGGGGGGGGGGGGGGGCGCCCGCCCCCCGGGGACCGGGGGGGGGGGGGGGGGGGGGGGGGGGGGGGGGUGGGCAGGGGAGAGCUGGGGGGGGGGGGGGGGGGGGGGGGGGGGGGAAGCACCGGGGCAGACGAACAGGGGGGGGGGGGGGGGGGGCACGGGGGGGGGCAGUAUGCAAUACACAGGACGCCAGGAAGGGGGGGGGGGGGGGGGGGGGGGGGGGGGGGGGGGGGGGGGGGGGGGGGGGGGGGGGGGGGGGGGGGGGGGGGGGGGGGGGGGGGGGGGGGGGGCAUAAGAACAGGGGGGGAGGGACCACCCGACCCAGGGAGCUCAGCCGAGAAAACGGGGGGGGGGGGGGGGGGGGGGCGCGAAGAGGGAGGCGCAAAAGACGCGAAAACAGGAUCACGCAGAGGGGGGGGGGGGGGGGGGGGGGGGGGGGGGGGGCGCGAGGCGAGCACUGCAGAAAGAAGGGGGGGGGGCAAACGACGGCGGAGAGGGCAAGGGGGAAAGCAGACGAAAACAGAGGGGGGCCAACCGGCCCGGGAUGGAAGUGAAGUGGGACGGGGGGGGGGGGGGGGGGCAGGGGGUCUGAGAAAAAGAGCAGAAGCGGAACGGGGGGGGGGGGGGGGGGGGGGGGGGGGGGGGGGGGGGGGGGGGAGAGACAUCCAAAAGCGAACACCGGGGAGGGGGGGGGGGGGGGGGGGGGGUCAGCAACAAAGGCGCAGACCGGGGCGGGCCGGGAAAGGGGGGGGAACAGGGGGACAACGAAUGGGGCGGGGCACCCCGAAGGGGAGCCCCGACAGGAAACCAAAGCAACAUGCCGGAGCAGGCGGCAGGGGCCGCACAAGGAAGCCCGCCGGGGAAACAGGACAACAAGGGAGCUAUUUUGUUUUGUUUUUUUUUUGUUUUGGUUUUUGGGUUUGGACACAGCGAGCGCUAGGGGACGGGCCCGAAUAUAGGGGGGGGGGGGGGGGGGGGGAAAUUUUUUCGACAGGACAAAGGGGACACAAGAAGCCGGGGGGGGGCGGAGGGGGGGGGGAAAGGGGGGGGGGGGGGGGGGGAGCCACGAAAACACAGGGGGGGGGGGGGGUAAACACAGAGGGGGGGGGGGGGGGGGGGGGGGGGGGGCCCCAGGGGGCCCGGGGAGGGCAAUGGCCCGAGGGGGGCCCCGUGGGGGGGGGGAAAAGGGACAAAGCGGGAAAUAUAACAAACAGGCAGGCCACGACCGGAGCCGGGGGGGAGGGGGGGGGGGGGGGCGGGGGGGGGGGGGGGGGGACCCCGGGGGGGGGGGGGGGGGGGGGGGGGGGGCGGGCAAAGGACGGGGGGGGGGGGGGGGGGGGGGGGGGGGGGGGGGGGGGGGGGGGGGGGGGGGGGGGGGGGGGGGGGGGGGAAAAGGGAAGGGGGAUAUAUAUAAGGGGGAUUGGGGGGAAUGGUGAGGCGGACCCAAGACAGCCCCGCAACAGCAAGGAGUGGGGCGUGGGGGGGGGGCGAACGAGCGAAAGAUAG